AUGAUAAUAGAUUAUCUUCUUUCCACGUCCACACAGCCUCCUGCGAACAUGAAUUAUAUCUGGCCGGCCGCCGUUCCUGCCGCAACGGAUGUCGGAGCUUCCAUGGCCGACGCCUUCAUUUCGUCGUCCGCUUCCGACCUAGCCUCUCUCUGCCCCUCCUCCUCCGCCGCCGGAGACCACCACCAGACGCAGCCGACAUUCCUCAGCCAUGAAACUCUCCAGCGGCGCCUCCUCACGUUGAUCGAGGGCGCCCGCGAGAGCUGGACCUACGCCACCUUUUGGCAGUCCUCGAAGGGUGUCAUCCCCCUCCGAGCAGGAGCACAGGAAGCAGGUGCUCCGGAGUUGAGUUCUCUAUUCUCCGGCGCUCAGCCCGCCGCGGGAUUCGAUUACUCCGUCGACGAGGAGGUCACAGACAUCGAGGGGAUGAAUUCGAUUGAUUAG